AUACCACUCGCGGCAGCCCUAACAAGUUUUAUCAUUCCCUCCGUCCACGACACACAACUGCCCUCCCUCCGCGUCUCCCGCUACUUCGCCGCCGCCGCCACCGCUGCCUUCGCCGCCACAUCACCCGUUCCCUGACAACUCGCUAACAUAGAAUUUAGGCAGGCAGACAUGUCCCCUUCCGUCACACCAGCGGACGCUCCCAUGGACCUCUCCACGAAGACCCGGCGAAAGCUGCGACUGGAGGAGUUUCUGCGUCAAAACCUUGACCAGGCCCCCGCCACGCGCGUCAUCCAGUGGGUAGACCGCGAGCAAGGCAUCUUCAGGAUACUGUGGACCCACCAGAGCUCGGGUGCCUUCACCCAGCAGGACGCCGCUCUCUUCCGCUACUGGGCCUUGGCCAGAGGGAAGCCUGCCAACCUGUCUUCAGUGGAGCUGAAGCAGAGCCUGAGGAUGGCCCUCAACAAGUCCCCGUCGGUGGAACGUCUGACCGUCGCCAACGAUGAGUACCGCUACUUCAGGUUCACAGACUGGGCCAAUCGCCGAAGAAAUCUCGGAGGGAUGAAGAGCAUGAAAGGACAGCAGCAAGAAACCAUGAGGAAAAGAUCCCCGCCCCCCCUCGUGCCCAUCGCCAAGCAGCGUUCAACAAGCCCCCAGCAAUGGAGCCCAGAACACUAUAACCUUCUUGUUCAGGCGGAAAAGACUCCAACGCCCUGCAAUCAGGAUAUGCUGAGGGAUCUAUUAGGACCCUAUUCAAGGUCACCGCUGAUAGGCAAUUCUCCCUUAGAAAUAAAGGAGGAGCAACAUGAGCAAGGGGACAGGCACGUGACACGCGGCCACCAGGGAGAGCAGAGCGUGUUUGCUCACACGUCCCCCAAGCCCUUCGUGCUCAAAGACCAGCUGAUGGGCGACAGCACGCAUGGCCUCGGCCUGCUGCAACGGCAUUACAUGGACGACGCCCUCACGCUGGACUUCAGAAUACGUGGAAAGGCCCUGCGUGAACCUUGUGUGGCCGGCAACCACCUGCUGGGAGAACAUCUCAAGUACCUGUCCAAGCCCUCCUCUCCCCAAGCCUACUCCGAGCCCCUCCAUGCCGUUCCCUCCUAUAAAGAGUCCCUUACACGACCUGAUCUCGAGGGGCCAUUCAGUCUGUACGGUGACGGUUCACGUUAUGUCAAGUCCUUCCCCCACUACGACUACAGGUCUUCAGGACCCGCCGUCGUCGCUGCCGCUGCAGCUCUCUACAGUGUUCCUGACCAAGCCCUGGCCACGCCCAUGGCUACCCCAGACUCGAGGCUCCUAAAAGUGAUGUACUAGGAUUUGGCAGCGGCGGCGGACGAACGGGCGCCAUUACGAAGACGCGAAACUUCAACUUUAAAAGAAACAUGAAUGCUCUGUGUGUGAAGAGACUUAAAAUUUGACUUUAAGGAAAGACAGAGACUUCAACCUUUGAGGCAUAGAACUUUCCCGUAAAAAUCCACUGUAAGAUACCCGCUGAUCCAACACAAUAAGACAGACAGCUUGUAAAGAGUCGUCCAAAGCUUGAAAACAUGCAGUAUGUAUGGCACGUGCGUAUCUUGUGAAAAAGUAUGCAUGACCAUAUGGAUUUUUUUUUUAACAGUACAGGAGGCAGCUCAAGGGCAACAAAAAUAAGUGUAGAAAAAAAAAGCCCGUUAAUCGCUGCUCCCACAAAGCGAAAUGUAAAGAGUGGCCAAAAGAGAAGUCAAUUUCGGAUGGAGAGGUGUCAUGAUACACUCUUCUUGAAAGAGGUCAAGUCAUAGGGAGGAGAAAAUACAGACGAAUGAAGGCUGUUCCAGAGUUUACCAGUGAAAGGGAUGAAAGAAUUGAGAUGCUGGUUAACUCUUGCAUAAGAAGUUUGGACAGUAUAGGGAUGAGCAUAAGUAGAGAAUCGAGUGCAGCGGGGCCGCGGGAGGGAGGGAGGCAUGCAGUUAGCAAGUUCAGAGGAGCAGUCAGCAUGAAAAUAUCGAUAGAAGAUAGAAAGAGAGGCAACAUGGCGGCGGAAUUUGAGAAGUAGAAGACUGUCAGUAAGAGGAGGUGAACUGAUGAGAUGAAGAGCCUUAUAGACUCCACUUUGUCCAAGAGAACUGUGUGUGUGGAGCCCCCCCACACGUGAGAUGCAUUCUCCAUACGAGAGCGGACAAGGCCCUUACAUAUGGAAAGCAUCUGGCGGAGACGAUACAGAACGCCCAACCUCGAGGAAGCUGAUUUAGUAAGAGAGGAGAUGUGAAGUUUCCAGUUGAGGAGGCAUUUACAGUGACUGAAUAUUGUCGAAGAAAAUAUAAAAAAGGACGGUUCUCCUACUAGAUGUUUAGAGAGUGACAUAAAGACAACAAAGCAACAAGAAAAGGCAUUGAAGAUGUACAAGCAAAGUUCCGUUGAGAUCAAUUUUGGUAGCAGUAAGAUUAACUCCGCAACGUUAGAUUACAUUAAAAAAUAGAAGAAAAAAAAUACCAGACUGUGAUUUGGGAAUGAUUUAUGUUGACUGAUUAUGUCGUGUUGCAUUGUUUUGUAUUUCUAGUUUGUUGUUAUUUGACAUACCAAGCUAAAAAAAAUGCCUUGGUGAAUGUGAUUAUACCUUUAUAACGUGUGACAGUUUUUCACACUCAUUAGUAUUUUUUUUAUGACCACUAUUUCUUUCCCCACCCAACUAUUUAUGAUGGCCGUGUUAUUUCUUUUACUGUGUUUUGCCUCAAAAUACAAAACAACAUAUGACUUAAGGUGUUCAAAUGGUGCUUUUUUUAUAAAUUAAAUUAUGAAUCUUUUGCGAAUAAAACAAAAACCGCUA